AUGGCUGCAAGAAAACCUGAUGGAAUUGAAGAGGAGGAGAUGACCAACAUUGAAGAAGGCUUAGUGGUAACUUCCACCAAGUCUAAUCCAAAUCCCACUAGUUUUGGCACUUGUUUAUCACCUAAAUCUGUCAACAUUGCCCAAAAGGUUGUUGCUGAGUUAAUUGGAACCUAUUUUGUGAUAUUUGCUGGAUGUGGAUCUGUUGCUGUGAACAACAUUUAUGGUUCAGUCACAUUUCCAGGUGUAUGUGUGACUUGGGGUCUAAUUGUAGCUGUAAUGAUAUAUUCAGUUGGUCAUAUUUCUGGAGCACAUUUUAAUCCUGCUGUCACUAUCACUUCCGCUAUUUUUCACCGGUUUCCUAUGCACGAGGUACCCUUAUACAUUGUUGCUCAAGUAAUGGGAUCAAUCCUUGCAAGUGGGACAUUGGCAUUAGUGGUUGAUGUAAACCCUAAGGCAUAUUUUGGAACUGUACCAGUUGGAUCGAAUUGGCAAUCUUUAAUUAUGGAAAUCAUCAUCACCUUCCUCCUCAUGUUCGUCAUUUCUGGUGUUACCACCGAUGACAGAACCACGGCUGGACCUCUGGGAGGGAUUGGUGUUGGCAUGACAAUAUUAUUGAACGUGUUUGUGGCAGGGCCAGUUUCAGGGGCUUCAAUGAACCCAGCAAGAAGUAUUGGGCCAGCCAUUGUUAAGCAUGUCUACAAAGGAUUAUGGGUGUAUAUUGUAGGGCCAAUUGUUGGAGCUAUUCUUGGAGCAUCUGCCUAUAACUUAUUAAGAUCCCCAUAUAAUCAGACCCCUUGACUCCAUUUUUUUUAUUCAAUUGAAUCCUUUAACUUUCAAUUUUGUUGUAAUUAGGUUCUUCUUUAACCCUCGUGCGUUAGGUGCGUCUGCAUCAAACUCCAUAUAAGAUGCGU